AUGACAUCUUAUAGUAAGCGACAUAAAGCGAUAGACGUGAAUGAAGCUACGACGAUUCAUGUCUUUCCUGUACUCACAGCAGUAAAUCUCGUGUGUCACGAAUGCUUUCGUACCAAAGCUACCGAGAGUUUACUUCGUAUGAUCGAUGCAUUUCUAGAUACUUUUUCUCAAAACUUGACUUUAUCGACAGCGUAUAAGAAAUCAAAUGGUAGUCUUCGAUUACUUCAGUAUCUUGCUGCUCGCGAAGUAAAAACAAUGGAUCCAUAUCUUCGACGUUGGGAAGUUAAUAGUGUUACUGGUGAAAUGGGUGCUCGUGGUGAUCUACAAGGUUUACAAUGGGUCAUUCAAGAGUAUUUACCAGGUGAAUUUCUUACUGAAGUUGUUGCUCAAGCGUUUGCAAAUGGACAUGUGAAUAUCGUGACUUUUCUAUGGAAAGAACAUCGUGAUAUUGUGUAUUGGGGAGGCAUUGAAUUAGUUGGAGCCAUACGAAAUCAUCACGAUAAUUUGAUUGCUUGGCUUCGAGAAAAGGUGGAGCUUCGAUUUGAAUAUGCUCAGCAUGUUGUGAAACAUGCAGCAGCUCAUGGAAAUGUAGACGUUGUACGGUGGUUGUAUGAAGAAUUUAGCGUCGGCAUUGCAGAUGCGCUGAGUUCAGCCGCCUCUUAUUGUCAGUGGGAAGUUAUGCGCUGGUUAAUCUUGAUCCUGCUCUUCAUACGUCAAAUAUUUUUUAUUUGA